AUGAAGUCUCUCAACCUCUCCGUGAUGCUGCUUGUGCCAGCGGCACAGUAUGCCAUGGGUGCCAUGGCCGACGACUGCAGUGCCAUGGCCGACACGCUCAAGUUGCCAAACACCACCGUCUGGUUCUCUACCGCUGUCCCUGCCGGCACCAACCUCACCUUCCCGGAUAACCACCCUACUUGCGCCCGUCCUAGCCAAGUCGUUGACGUUGACAUCUGCCGCAUAUCGAUGCUGACAGUCACCGGGCCCACCAGUAACAUCUCUCUCGAGGCCUGGCUUCCGUCCAACUGGACAGGCCGUUUCCUGAGCACCGGCAACGGAGGAACUGGCGGUUGCAUCCAGUACGAAGACAUGAAUUACGCCUCGUCGCAAGGUUUUGCUACUGUCGGCGCCAACAACGGACAUAACGGCACCGUCGGGGCGCCGUUCCUCAACAAUCCCGGCGUCGUCGAGGACUUUGCCUGGCGUUCCAUGCACACCGGUGUCGUCCUCGGAAAGGAGGUCACAAAGGCGUUUUACGGCAAGGAACACACCAAGUCCUACUACCUGGGUUGCUCGACCGGUGGCAGACAGGGCUUCAAGGAGGCCCAGGACUUCCCCGAUGACUUUGACGGCAUUGUGGCCGGCGCGCCCGCUGUGGCCUUCAACAACCUCACCUCUUGGAGCGGUCACUUCUUCACGGCUACCGGUACCUCAAACUCAUCGACCUUCUUGUCUGCCGACCUCUGGAACGUUGUUUACAAAGACAUCCUGGCUCAGUGCGACGGUCUCGACGGCCAGGUUGAUGGUAUCAUCGAGGACCCGGACCUGUGCCAGUACCGUCCCGAGGCCCUCAUCUGCGGUGCCGGUCAGACAACAAACUGCUUAACCGGAACGCAGGCCCAGACGGUCCGUACCGUCUUCGGCGACCUGUACGGCGAGAACGGGGCCUUUGUCUACCCCCGUCUCCAGCCCGGCGCCCAGACCACACCUAAUUUGCUCAGCGGUCAACCGUUUCAGUACACGGUGGACUGGUUUGUAAACGUCAUAUACAACACCACCAACUGGGACCCCGCCACCCUCGGCCCCAAGGAUUAUGCUGCAGCUGCGAUCCAGGACCCUGCCGGUAUUCAGACCUGGAAGGGCGACCUCUCCGGCGUAAAGGACCGCGGAACCAAGAUCCUACACUACCACGGACUCCAAGACCCCAUCAUCAGCAGUGACAACUCUGCGCGCUACUACAACUACGUUUCUAGAACCAUGGGUCUCACCUCGGAUCAGCUGGAUGAGUUCUACCGGUACUUCCGUAUCUCCGGCAUGAACCACUGCAGCGGCGGUCCCGGCGCGACCUUCAUCGGCAACCUGGCGAAGUCCGCUGCGGGCUAUGACCCCGAAAACAACGUUCUCUCGGCCAUUGUCCGGUGGGUCGAAGAGGGUGUCGCUCCGGACUCGAUUCUGGGAACGGCGUAUGUCAACGGGACGCAGGGCGGUGAGGUCGCCUUCACGCGGAGGCACUGCAAGUACCCAGCGCGCAAUGUGUACAAGUCCGGAGACCCCAACUCCCCCGAUAGCUGGACUUGUGUAUCCGAUCAGUCUCAGCAAGCCGUCGCUUCUGACCCGAGCGUCCGACAGCUGAUCAGGGAUUACAAGGCUAUUAUGUCAAACUAA